AUGCCCCUCCUUCCGCGCUCCUACCCGGUAGGAAGCGGCCCAGGUAGCAACCGCCAACCGAGGGCUCCGUCCCACUCGGGCCGGACGCGGAGCCGGCUCCAGCCCCGGCGGGGCGGGGCGGGGCGGGGCGGGGCGGGACUCCGGCCACCCGGGCCACGCGCGCGCGUGCGCCCCCGCAAGGUCCGGCCCUUUCUCAUCGGGGGCGCGCGCAGCCCGGCCAGCCCCGGCGCGAGCCUGCGGCGCCCUCCCUCGGCUUCGGCUCGUUCCGCCGCCGCGCGCGCCGCCGCGCGCGCCGCCCGCGCUCCCGCCGCGCCGGAGCUGCCAGCCCGGGAGCCAAUUAGCGCUCGGAGGCCAGACGGCGGCCACUUCCUCGUCGCCCGGCCGCGCGCUCCGGAGGCUCGGGCGGCCGCGGGGCGGGGCGGGGCACGGCGCCGAGCGGCUCUGACUGCGUUUGCUAGUCCGACGGCCAAGGGUGGGCGCAGGUCCCUGAAGGCGCACCGCCGCACAGCAGACAAAAAGAAACUUUGGGGCCCCCGGAGUGCCGGCUGGCGGGGCGUUCGGUUGGCUUUUCGUGCUUGGUCUCGAGGCUCCGCCGCUCCAGGAAGCGCGAUGUCGAAGCCGCCACCCAAACCGGUCAAACCAGGGCAAGUUAAAGUGUUCAGAGCUCUUUAUACAUUUGAACCCAGAACUCCAGAUGAAUUGUACUUCGAGGAGGGUGAUAUUAUCUACAUUACUGACAUGAGUGAUACCAAUUGGUGGAAAGGCACCUCCAAAGGCAAGACUGGACUAAUCCCAAGCAACUAUGUGGCCGAGCAGGCAGAAUCCAUUGACAAUCCAUUGCACGAAGCUGCAAAAAGAGGCAACUUGAGCUGGUUAAGAGAGUGUUUGGACAACCGAGUCGGUGUGAAUGGCUUAGACAAAGCUGGAAGCACUGCCCUGUACUGGGCCUGCCACGGGGGCCACAAAGAUAUAGUGGAGAUGCUGUUUACUCAACCGAACAUUGAACUGAACCAACAGAACAAGUUGGGAGACACAGCUUUGCACGCCGCUGCCUGGAAAGGUUAUGCAGAUAUUGUCCACUUGCUUCUGGAAAAAGGUGCAAGAACAGACUUGAGAAACAAUGAGAAGAAGCUGGCCCUGGACAUGGCCACCAAUGCGGCCUGUGCGUCUCUCCUGAAAAAGAAACAGGGAACAGAUGCUGUUCGAACAUUAAGCAAUGCCGAGGAGUAUCUUGAUGACGAAGACUCAGAUUAAUUCCCUUCUGGAGCUUUGAGAUCUAAAACUUGUGUUCCUUUUGCCAUUCCAAAACCCUCGUCUUUGCCAGAAGAGUGUUGGUAACCGGUUUAUGGUUUUUGGUGUUUUUUUUGGUUUGGGUUUCUUUGUUUUUGUUUUUGUUUUUUGAAGUCUAUAUGAACAUGGAAGUCUUGCACUGUGUUUGAGUAGAACAUGUAAAUGGGUAGGUUCUCACCUUCAGUUUGCCAAUAAGUGACUGGAUAUUUUGCUGUAUAAAGUACAUUUUUGUUCACCAGAGUAGAACAAGAAGAGAUUAUUUCUAUUUAUCAAGCUAAAGGAAUUUUAAGAAUUUUUUUCUUUAAAAAAAAAAAGAUCAGUUUUUUUGUGUUUUUUUUGUUUGUUUGUUUUUUUAGUUAAAGUUCUUUACCUCAAGGAUUAAAAUAUUUUGAGUGGGUUUUUCAAGGGGAAAAAUGCUUGUUAUAGUAAUGAACCAAAAGGCUUAACAGAAAAUCGUCAGCUAUUCUGACAAAAAUAAACAUUUGAAGAGACUGGA